UUUUGACCUUCAGUCCGAGAUUGCAACCUACAUCACUUCAUAUGCUAUUCUAUCUUUUGGAUAGCUUAUGGUAAUUUUUGUCUUUUCUUGGCUAAUUUAGCAGAUGCAGGAUGAGAUGAACAGGUGCACAUUCGCAAGUCCAGUUGAUCGUAGUGAUGAUGACUCACCUCCUGUGUGCCUGGUUGAACUCGUUAAUUCCAAAGUAAAAACUUCUGAUACUCAUGCUACUAUGGAACCGCAUAAUGAUCAGGCUAUAAAAAGCCCUCAGGAGGUUCUGAAUGACUCUGGUACACAGAAAAAAGUCUGCCAGGAUGAAACUGUUUCUUUGUUAUCAGGAGUUCUCAUUCUAAAGUCUGAAGCACCAGUAUCGAUUGUGAAUACUGAAGAAAACAAAAAUAAUGGUUUGCCAGACUCCAAUUCAGUUGAAAAUACUCCAGCGGAAUCGAUUCAUCCUAAUACUCAUUCAUCAGAAGUAAAAGAACCAAACAUGGCUAUAUCUUGUGAGAAUACUGUUCAGUGUGGCAGUGGAUUUCCAGUGAGUGAGAGAUAUUUACAUUCCAAUACGAAAAAGUCUCCGUUUUAUCAGAAGGUGGAGGAUGAUGACGACCUAGAUUUUGAAGAUCGACCGUUAACCGUAGUCACACAAGAAGCUGAUGAUGUGUUACCUGCUGAAUCUGUAAAUGGUGUGACCCUCAGCACAAAUAAUGUCGCCCGGAUUAUCCCGAAUAAAGUGACCGAAAAUACACAGACUUCAAUUACCGGCACAACAGUAAAUCAAGCAUCAGUUACUAUAACCAGCACCACAUCAUUACCUAACAUAACACCUCCCUCCACCUCUUCCUCUUCAACGUCGUGUCUAUCCACAAAUCCGCCCCCAAACGUCCAUUUGGUAAUUGCUUCUAGCAAGAAUUACUCUUCAGACGGACAUAACACAUGCGCCCCAGUUGCCUUAGCAACUGUAGCUCCUAUAAGAAUGUCAUCUGUAGGACCUGAAUAUAGCGUCUCACAUGAGUCAUUGAGACCAAUUAAACCUGCUCUACAAGACGUGAUGACAAGCACAGUCAUGCCUAUACGUCCAACUCCUCAAACUCUUGCGUCAGCAUUUCCAUCUUCUGUUGUUACCAAACAUGAAGUUACUGCUCCAUCAUCUGUAUCGUACAAUUCGAAACCUUCUUCUAGUCAUAUUAAUACAAUCGAACCAUCUAGUAUUACAAUAUCUGUCUCUGUUUGUCCAACUUCUAUACCGAUUUCUGUUGCCCCUGUUAAUGUUUCAUUGCCGGCGAAUACACUUCAUAUGCCAAGUAUAUUCAGCGUGAGAACUCGACCAGCAGUUGCUCAAUCUGUCCUACCACUAAUAUCUGUUGGUCCUCAACCAAAUCCACCACUCACACCACAAACUUCACUUCCAUCUCUACCAUCUCAACCUGCUGUACAUUUUAUGCCUUUCAUCGGGAAUAUGUCUGGAACAAUACCAGUUUCAGCAAACAAUACUGGCUUAAGAAAUAUUGUAAAUCCUAGUCCUGCAAUACCGAUGGCUGGUCCACCGACUGCACCAUGCCCUCCACUUCAAAUUUUCAACAUGACACCUAUGCCACAGUUUGUAGGUGCACCUAGCUUUGUACUACAUCCAACCGGCCCACUUCCUGGUCCAAACAAUUUUCAAUUUCCUCCAGGUCCCACACAUCUGUUGCCUCCUGGAUUAACUGGAGGUACUGGAGUCGGUGGCAAUGGUGGUACAACAUAUAAUUUUCUUCAACCACCACAGAAUUAUGCUCCAACAAUGUUUCCACAAAAUCCAAAUAUUUCUGAUUUACUAAUUGAUUCACAGAAUUCAAUGGCUCUAGGACAUUCUAUCCUAGCACCGCCUGCAUCAAUUGCUGUUAUUGGUGCCAUAAACAAUGCUAAUUCAUCAUCACUCACAUCUCUUUAUCCAAAUGUUUUUCAUCCACAAAAUCAAAAUUUUUUCUCAACAUCCUGUGCACAGUCUGGUCCGGUGUCUUAUCCAUAUUCAACUGCGCUAGCCAAUACUACAAAUUUAGUCAAUGCAACUACACCACAGAUGACUACGUCUUUAGUAUCUGGUGAAGUUAGUAAUUUAUCAAAUGAAACAACACAUUUCAUGUUUCAGUCUGAUCUGUCAUCUGGUAAUCCGUUUGUCUCAAAUAAUUUCAAUCCAAACACAGGACAGUUGUAUCAGUCUUGUCAGUUUCCUACAUUUCAUAAUCCAUUUCAAGCUAAUGAUAAUUGUUCAAUUAACAAUUUUGUCUCAUCCGCUUUACCAACUGAUUUAACUUCAACCUGUGAUAGUAAAUCAUCCUCUUUAAAUGGAACAUGCAUGCCAACUUAUUGGCCGCUGGUCAAUACCUCUGGUAUUGGUGGUGAUAUGACGACGACGACAGCAACAACAACAACGCCGUCAGCAAAUGUUCAGGUUUCGCACUCAAAUAAUCCAACAAACUUUAUAUCACCUAUAAAUGAUUUUGGAAUGAAAAGUCAAGUACAAAAUACAAAUGUUGAUGAUAAGAGUAAUAAUAAUAAUCAUAAUAACAAUGGAUUAAAUAAUCUUCAAAAUAUCACAACGUCCAGUACAGUCAAUACAAACCCAUUGUGUUCAUCAUUCAAUGGAAUUUCAGUGUCAAAUGUUAUGGCAUCAAAUAAUCCUCCUUUAAAAAGUGGUGGUACUACAACGAAUUCUUUUACUUUUAUUAAUAAUAAUAAUAACAACAACAAUAAUGAUAAUGAUAAUAGUAUAAAGAACGACAGUGGAAAUAAUAACACUAGUAGUAUUGAUAUUAACGGUUCUUCUACAAUGCCGUCGAAUUCAACAGCAAUUGUUCUACCAGCUAUUCGUCGUCGACGUCGUUUAUUUGCUCAGAAUGGUAUAAAACCGAUUACAAAUGUUAUUCAAACUCCUGUGUUAAAUCAUGCCAAUCUAACAGUGAAUGAGGAUAAUUCUGUUCUCAUGAAUAAUACAAGUGUUAACAACAUAUGCAAUGUUGUAACUACAGAAUCAAACAUUAUACAGAAUACAUUCACUCAUAGUGAUAAUAGUAAGAGAAGUGUUAAUGACACCUUGAAUACUGAAAAUAUGAACAAUAAUAAUAUACAAAUAGGGCAAGAAAAUCAGGUAGGCGGCAGAGAAGAAUUGAAACAGACUAAUACACUGCAAUGUGCUUAUCCACAGUUAUCUACUGCUAGCAAUUCUGAUGUUGUUACUUUUAACAAGAAACCUUUACAAGAAUUUGUUGAAGAUACACGACCAUUCAAAAGAUUGUCCACUGAAAGAGGAGAAUAUGAUCACAAGUCGUUGGGAGAUUCAUUUACUGAAAUGCAAGAAAAUGAUUCCAUGGAGUUGGACAUCACAAUGAAAACUUCUUAUUCAUCCUCCCCAUCAUCAUCACUGUCCUCAUCCUCAUCAUGUGCAUCGUUUGUUAACACUUGCAGAACAACACCAAUAAUGUCGGCAACAGAUCACUGUGUAUCAACAGCUAACAGUAACAGUCGAAAUAAUACUUCCAUGCUGCCGAAGGUAACAUCAUCACAAACCACAGAUUCCCAGAGUUCUUCAAAUGCUGCUAACCGUCAAGGCAAUAAUGACAGCAGCUUACCAUCUUCAACUUCACUACCUUAUUCCCCUAACCAUAAAUUUCCAUGUAAAAACGAUGAUUUUAUACACGAUGAAAAUAUGAAAGUGUUAGCAGCAGAAAAACAGGAUGAUAAUGUUGAUGAUGAGGAUAACGACGAAGAAAGCGAGAAAUGUAAAACAGUUACUCCUGGCCAGCAUGAUAAUCAGCAGGUAGUAGAUACAAAAUCUGUUGAAUCAUUUUUCAAUGUAAAACAAACAUCAGUUCAAUUAUCAAGUACAAUUAUUACUACUAUGACCACCAAUACAGCAACAACAACAUCAACGACUAAUACUACUACUACUACUUCUACUGUCAGUAGUAGUGCUUCAUGUCCUAAAUUAAAGUCAACAACACCUUUCCAAUUUCCACCUCCACCUGUAUUAAUUGGUUUAGAUGACAGACGUAUAUUAACUCAUUAUAUUGAUGGUCAUGUUAUCUAUGAAAGUGAUAAACCAUUCCCUGUGAAAAAUGGUAUGGUAGUAGUUGAAGAAGCUCUCUUGAAACAGUUUUCAGGUGGCACAACAACACCGCCUAAAACCAUCUUGGUAAACGGCUAUGGUGAUGAAAAUGACGAGAAUAUGACAAAUAUCAAAUCCAUUACACCGUGUUCUCCUGUGUUAUCAAAUAAUAAUAAUAAUAAUCUAGUUAAAGCAAAAGAUGCAUUUAAAUCUGACACAACAUUGGUCACUUCUGCUGCUUCUAAAACUAUUGGUGACUGGAUGAACCCAGUAAAAGUAUCAUGUGCAUCCACUGUUGGCCAUAAAAUUGUGAAUUUAGAAGGACAAACUAAUCACUCGACGAUACUGUCAAAUUAUGAAACACAACGUCAACUGUCAUCUGAGUUAUCCAGUGAUGUUCAUGAUGAAAAUGAUUCAUCCGCCAAUAUUUAUCGGUCAUCAAAAGGAAUUUUAGCCUCUUGUCCUCAUUCAACAAUAUUGUCCCUAGCUAGUCGUCAUUCAGCUAGUGUUGUCUACUCUCAGCUACCUGUUGUUUCAAUUCCUGAUCGUCAAUCUUCAAAUCUACGAGGAAAUGAUCAAAGUGUUGAUUGUAAAACAAAUCAUGUGACAGGAAAUCCUUCAGACUACUCUUCAGUUAUUGGUCAACAGCACCAAUGUCAUGAAUCUUUAAUGCAACCGUUGAGUAAACCAUUGAAUGAAAUCCAAUCCAGUAGUACUGGGACUACAGCGGGCUCAACAGGCAAUGUAUUCAAUCAGUCCGUAUCACCACCACCGCAACAACAUCAACAACACCAACAACGCUCUCAGACAACAAUGUUCAGUACCUCACAACAGCCAACAUCUAGUCUGUUGACGCCUACUCCACCGCCUAAAGGUCCAGUAUAUAAAUGGACACCAGAUGAUGUUGUUGCCUUUGUCCGUGGUACUCCCGGAUGCAGUGCAUAUGCAUCAGCAUUUUUAAACAAUGAAAUUGACGGUGAAGCAUUAUUAUUACUAGCCGAGGAUCAAUUUAUUCAACCACCGAUCGCAACAACAAUAUCAACGACUACUACUUCUACUGUCAGUAGUAGUGCUUCAUGUACUAAAUUAAAGUCAACAACACCUUUCCAAUUUCCACCUCCACCUGUAUUAAUUGGUUUAGAUGACAGACGUAUAUUAACUCAUUAUAUUGAUGGUCAUGUUAUCUAUGAAAGUGAUAAACCAUUCCCUGUAAGUGUGUAG